AUGAUAGUGAAGUGUUGGUUAGCAUCUCCACCUUCUCGAUGGAAAGAGUUCGUAGCUAAUCGUGUGUCUGAGAUUCAACACAUCACCGAUGGAGGACACUGGAAUCAUGUGGCAGGAAUUGAGAAUCCUGCUGACCUUAUUUCUCGAGGAAUGACUGCAGCACAACUGCAAUACCAAACGAUAUGGUUUCAAGGUCCAACAUGGCUUCAACUUGAUGAGCAACAUUGGCCAAAGAUCGAGCAGAGCCAGGAGGAAAACGUAGACGUUACGAUGUUGGAAGAGAAACCAGCUACUACUGCAACAGCUCACACGAGCGAGCACAACGAGAUUUUUGGUUUAAAGUCCUCUUACACUGAACUUGUCCGCCUCGUAGCUUGGAUGCAACGUUGUCGUUUCAAUUUGCAAAAGUUGAACAGAGAAAGUCGGAAGAGUGGUCCCCUCAAGGUUACCGAGUUAGACGAAUCGCUUAAGACACUCGUGCGCAUAGCUCAACAAGAAGGUUUUGCCAAAGAAUAUGCUGACUUGUUGAACAAUCGUCCGAUAUCAAAUUCAUCGAAAAUCGCAUCCUUGAAUCCUGUAAUGGUAGAUGGUUUAAUUCGAGUUGGAGGUCGACUACGUAACGCUGCAAUCCACGAAUCCCGAAAGCAUCCAUUCAUACUCGAUCAUCGACAUCCGUUCACGACAACUGUGAUGAUAUACUACCACCAGAACCUGCUGCACGCUGGUCAACAGUUGUUGAUAGCAUCAGUUCGAGAGCGAUUCUGGCCAACGAAUAUUGGGACACUUGCUCGAGCUGUCAUUUUCAAAUGUGUAGCAUGCUUUCGCGUUAGGCCGAAAAUCCAAGAGCAACUUAUGGCGGAUUUACCUAAGCACAGAGUCACACAAUGUCCAGUAUUCCAAAAGGUCGGCGUAGAUUACUGUGGACCUUUUUACAUAACCUAUCCUCAGCGCAAGGCUCGACCCACGAAAGUCUUCAUCGCAAUCUAUGUUUGCCUGGUGACUAAAGCAGUUCACAUAGAAUUAGCAGCAGAUCUGUCGACCCAAGCAUUCUUGGCCACAUUCCAAAGAUUUUGUGGUCGUCGGAGCGCUCCAAGUCUAGUCAUGUGCGAUAACGCAAAGAAUUUCGUCGGCGCGAAACGAGUUUUGGACGAAGUACAUCAGCUUUUUGUCAGUAAAACGUUUCAGGACUCUGUGAUAAACUACGCUGCAGAUCGAGGAAUUGACUUCCAGUUCAUUCCUGCUCGUUCUCCAAACUUUGGCGGCCUGUGGGAGUCGGCUGUGAAGUCGUUUAAGACUCUACUGAAAAGAACUAUUGGUUCACGUUCGCUGGUACAUGAAGAAUUACAAACCAUAAUUGUACGGAUCGAAGCUGCUUUGAAUUCGCGUCCUCUCACAGCCCUGAGUAAUGAUCCUGAGGAUUUUGAGCCACUCACCCCUGGUCAUUUUUUAGUUCAGAAACAGUUAAUCGCACCCCCAGAACAUGAUUGGAACGAAGUUCCAGAAAACCGUUUGAAUGUCUGGCAAAGAAUGCAACAAACGUCACAACAACUGUGGAAAAAGUGGUCAUCAAUGUACCUAUCAGAUCUCCACAGUCGAACUAAAUGGACCAAGCAAAACGACAAUCUCAGAGUUGGCAUGAUGGUUGUCCUAAAAGAGGAUAAUAUUCCACCAUUAAAAUGGCCAAUAGCGAGAAUCGAAGCAGUACAUCCUGGACCAGAUGGCAACGUUCGUGUCGUCACUGUGCGCACACAGUCUGGAUCGUAUGAUAGAGCAAUCUCCAAAAUUUGUUACUCCAAUGGUUGUCGCGCGGGUCGAGCAGCCAUCCACCGACGCAGUGGCAACGCAGCACAAACAUCUCACAUCACGUCAGCAUACCACCGAGCAUUUGGGUCAGCAAUUCGAGCCAUUCACGAGGUCCACCCACCACCACGAGCGCAUCAGUCGAUGCAAUUGAAGUUGCUCAUCGUAAAUCCAUCCAUGGCACACAAUUUGGGAUCCAGCAGCAAUCCAUCACCACGAUCACCACCCGCAUCCGAUUCAGCAGCAGCAUCUGCAAUUAUGUUGUGGGAGAACAAAUUGCAUUGA